AACAUAAGGACAGGUAGUCCCUAGAGAAGCCACAGAACCCGGCAAAAGUAAGUUAAGCCACCAGAUCCUUGCAACCCGCCGCCCAUUUGGAGAGAAAUCAAGCUGCCAAGCACAGAACCAAGCUUCAGUGUCACAUUUGAAGACAAGCAUGGAGGAUGAAGAAUCAGCUAAAACGAAUGAAAGUAAUUCAAAGGCAGACUCUGAGUACACAAAUGUGGAAAUUCUUCACAAGGAUCAGAUACAGGAAUUUAAGAUUGGUGACACUUGUGAUUGGGUAGAGAAGCAAUUGGAAAGGCCUGAAUGGAAAGAAGAUAAAAGUAGCAUCAGUGAAAAGAUUGACAAAUCUAAGAGCACAGAAAAUAUAAAAAUAGAACAGGAUGAUGAGGCAUCUGAGAAAAGUUUGUACCCAAGUGUAAAUACCAUAAACCAGACUAUCCCUACAGAACCAGAAAUUAGUGAACAAGGUGAACAUGUGGAGAACAUUAAUGGAAACACACAGCCUACUCCACAGCAGAAAUCUGCUGUUAAGAAAUUGCAUAAGUGUGAUGAGUGUGGAAAAUCCUUUAAAUACAAUUCUCGUCUUGUUCAACAUAAGAUUAUGCACACUGGAGAAAAGCUCUAUGAGUGUGAUGACUGUAUGGGAACUUUUCGUAGCAGCUCCAGCCUCCGAGUCCAUAAGCGUAUUCAUACGGGUGAGAAGCCCUAUAAGUGUGAUGAAUGUGGGAAAGCCUACAUGUCUUACUCUAGCCUUAUAAACCACAAAAGCACCCAUUCUGGGGAGAAGAACUGUAAAUGUGAUGAGUGUGGAAAAUCCUUCAAUUAUAGUUCUGUUCUGGACCAACACAAAAGGAUCCACACUGGAGAGAAGCCCUAUGAAUGUGGUGAAUGUGGAAAGGCCUUCAGGAACAGUUCUGGUCUGAGAGUCCACAAAAGGAUUCACACAGGGGAGAAGCCCUAUGAAUGUGACAUCUGUGGGAAAACCUUCAGUAAUAGUUCUGGCCUGAGGGUCCACAAAAGGAUCCAUACAGGUGAGAAACCCUAUGAAUGUGAUGAAUGUGGGAAGGCAUUCAUUACUUGCAGAACACUUCUAAAUCAUAAAAGCAUCCACUUUGGUGAUAAACCUUAUAAAUGUGAUGAAUGUGAGAAAUCUUUUAAUUAUAGCUCUCUCCUCAUUCAGCAUAAAGUCAUCCACACUGGUGAGAAACCUUAUGAAUGUGAUGAAUGUGGGAAGGCCUUCAGGAACAGCUCAGGCCUCAUAGUGCAUAAAAGGAUCCACACAGGAGAGAAACCUUACAAGUGUGAUAUCUGUGGCAAAUCAUUCAGCUAUAGUUCAGGCCUUGCAGUCCAUAAAAGCAUUCAUCCUGGAAAGAAAGCCCAUGAAUGUAAGGAGUGUGGCAAGUCCUUUAGUUAUAACUCACUUCUUCUUCAGCAUAAAACCAUUCAUACUGGAGAAAGACCUUAUGUAUGUGAUGUGUGUGGCAAAACAUUCAGGAACAAUUCAGGCCUCAAAGUCCAUCGGAGGCUCCAUACUGGGGAAAAACCAUACAAGUGUGAUGUGUGCGGGAAGGCCUAUAUCUCACGCUCAAGCCUUAAAAAUCAUAAAGGAAUCCACAUGGGGGAGAAGCCCUAUAAAUGCAGCUAUUGUGAGAAAUCCUUCAACUACAGCUCUGCCCUUGAACAGCAUAAAAGGAUUCAUACAAGGGAGAAACCCUUUGGGUGUGAUGAGUGUGGAAAAGCCUUCAGAAACAAUUCAGGCCUUAAAGUACAUAAACGAAUUCACACAGGGGAAAGACCUUAUAAAUGUGAAGAAUGUGGGAAAGCCUAUAUCUCACUCUCAAGCCUUAUAAAUCAUAAAAGUGUACACCCUGGGGAAAAGCCCUUUAAGUGUGACGAGUGUGAGAAAGCCUUCAUCACAUACCGAACCCUUUUAAACCACAAAAAGAUUCAUCUUGGAGAAAAGCCCUACAAAUGCGAUGUGUGUGAGAAAUCUUUUAACUACACCUCACUCCUUUCUCAACACAAAAGAGUUCAUACUAGAGAGAAGCCCUUUGAAUGUGACAGGUGUGAGAAGGUCUUCAGAAACAACUCAAGCCUUAAAGUUCAUAAAAGAAUACACACUGGGGAGAAGCCCUAUGAGUGUGACGUGUGUGGAAAAGCCUACAUCUCACACUCAAGCCUUAUCAACCAUAAAAGUACGCAUCCUGGCAAGACACCUUACACCUGUGAUGAAUGCGGAAAAGCAUUUUUCUCAAACAGAACUCUUAUAAGCCAUAAGAGAGUCCAUCUUGGGGAAAAACCCUUCAAGUGUGUUGAGUGUGGGAAAUCGUUUAGCUACAGUUCACUUCUUUCCCAACACAAGAGGAUCCACACAGGGGAGAAACCUUAUGUAUGUGAUUGGUGUGGGAAGGCAUUCCGGAACAGCUCAGGCCUCACAGUGCAUAAAAGGAUCCACACAGGUGAAAAACCUUAUGGAUGUGAUGAAUGUGGGAAGGCGUACAUUUCACACUCGAGUCUUAUCAAUCAUAAAAGUGUCCACCGUGGAAAGCAGCCCUAUGACUGUGAGUGUGGGAAAUCUUUCAAUUAUAGAUCUGUCCUUGACCAACAUAAAAGGAUCCACACUGGAAAGAAGCCAUACCGGUGUAAUGAUUGUGGGAAGGCAUUUAAUAUCAGAUCAAAUCUUACUAAACAUAGAAGAAUCCAUACCGGAGAGGAAUCUUUAAAUAUGGCAAAUAUGGAAAGUCAUAGUGGCACAUUCCAGAAGAUAAUCUACUAUGAGGGAGAGAAUGCUCUGGAUGGGACUAGGAUGCGGAUGCCUAUGCCUAUAUGGGAAGCACAGCCUACCAAGUCUCAAAGAAAUCAAAUAGAAGAAAAUUUGUUUGAAUGUAAGAAUUUCUGAGAUCCUUACUUAUGGCUUAUAAUUUUUAUAGUGUAAACGAAAGAAUUCUAAAUGAUGAUGAAAGCAAUUCUUUCUAUAUGAUUCAAUCAUAGUAAAGACAGUCACAAUAGUUGAACUCUUUAAGAAUAUAAAAUAACCACUAGAUAUAAAACUUUUCAAAUUGAUGGAACAUUUAAUGGACAUAAAACAUGAAGGUAAAGGACUCUAGUUAGAAAGCACAUUCACCAUUACAAAGACACUAUUUGGAUAAAUGAGUGAAGAAGAAUGUAGAAAGUCUGGUAUAGUUUUGAACUUUGGUCAGUGAGAAAAAAAAUGUGAGAAGGGCCACUAACAGGCAAAUUCAGGGAGAGAAUAGCUUCAGGGAAUAUCAGUUUAUUGGUGGUCAUGAAUUACAGACUUAACAAUAAUGGUUUGUGAUAGGGAGAGAACUUCUGAAACAAUUAAAUGUCCUAGGAAAAGAAAAGGCAUAGUCAAAUGGUCAUGAAUUACAGACUUAACAAUAAUGGUUUUGUUUUUUUUUGUUUUGUUUUUUUUUUAAAUAAUGGUUUGUGAUAGGGAGAUAACUUCUGAAACAAAUGUCCUAGGAAAAGAAAAGGCAUAGUCAAAUCUGUGAUAUAGUCAUGUUAAAUGCAGCUUUAUUGGAAUUUACUAUUAUACUAAUUGAACUGGUAAGACUUUUAAGAGUUUCAAGUGAACUAUCUUAAUAAGUAAUAUAUAUGAUAGAUGAAAACCUGGAAGGUGGCAUUUACACAUACUAAGGAUGGAGAGAAUUUCAGUAUCUUCAGUAAGUAAUGGAACACAUCUUCAACAUGAGUUUGCACCUUACAGAAAAAAUUCAGGGAAUCCUAUAAAUAAAAAGAUGUUUCAAAGGAAGGCAUUUUACCACAAGAGCAGAGUAAGUAUCAGUAAUUAGGAGGAGAAAAUUCAUGUUUUUAAAACAAUAUUGUUUGUUUCAGAAAGUAUUGUAAAGAUUUCAUGUACUGCAUAUGUAUAUUGUCUGUUGUAAAAUAUGAAUACAUUCAGAAUUUACUUUGCCAUAAGGGCCAGAUAGUUAUGAUAAGGUAAGGCAAGACCCCAAUAAAGAAAUGCCUCAAGUGUAAAUAGGCUGUGACUUACUUUAGAUGAAAUAAUAUAGAGAACCAUUUGUGUGUCAUAUCUUUCCUUGUAAUGGUACAGGAUCUAAGCCAGAAAAGCUUCUGUCUUAUCUGUGAAGACUCAUCCACCAAGCUAAUACCUGGAGCUUCACCAGAAGUUAGAUCAUGCUUUUCUCAGGGGAAAAACAUGCAUUUUGAAGAGACUGUGAAUAGGCAAUCUGAUCCUGAUAACUGAGGCUGGGUUAUAAUUUGUUAGAGUGGGUAGGCUGUGUGAGUGAUCUGUCACUAUACAGUUCAUCAUGAGCAGAAUUCAAUACAAAAUAUUAGUAACUGUAGCAUUAAAGAUUAGGUAUCUCAACAGUAAAAGUAGACUUUUUCUGAAUUGAGCUUUACUCGUAGUAUUUGGAUAAGUUAUUAGUGCCAGGUGAAGUCUCACUUUGUUCUCAAGACUUCAGGAUCUACUGUCAUUACAAAAGACAAUCUCCAGCCAGAUCCAAAUUUCUUUAAGGAUUUCUAUCUCACAAAAUAAUUCCCAUGUCUCCCUCUGAGCAUACUAGAUCCCACUGGAGCUGGAAUUCUAAGUACUUGUAAGCUACCCGAUAGGGAUGCUGGGGACCAAAUUUGGGUCUUGGAGAGCAAUACAAACCUUUAACUACUGAGCCAUCUCUUUAGCCUUUUAGAUUGGCAUCCUGAUUAUCCCAGUGCACUGAAUGCUCAGGACAACAACUGCAGCCCCCAUCGAAUCAGAGAUGGAAAUAGGCUAGUAUCCUCGUGGCCUGGCCUUGAGAAUUAUAUCAAGGGCCAGACAAAUGAUACUCAGAUGAACUCAGAUGUUUAUGGGUCUCCUGGCUUCUAGUUGCCCCACCGGGACACCAUGCUGCAGAGUCGGUGAGUUUAUUGCAAAUAAGCCUGUUUGGACCAGUCCAGUCCAUGGAUGUGAGGUUAGUGAUUACCCUCACUUUUCUAGUAAAUGCUGUGGGAGAAGAAAAUAAAAAGCAAAAAUGUUAACUUGUAAGUGAAUCAAAAUAUAUUUUUAAAGUUUCCAAGGUUAAGAGAAUUGGCAUGAUAAAGAGUAAAUUGGAAUCUGGAAGAUUGGAGGCCUAAAGUGCUUUUAUCUAGGAGCAGGGUCAGGAUGUUUAACUUUAGGUUUUAUAAAGUUAAAUGUGUAUGGAAAGUGUCAUAGACAAGUGUCAACAGGAUAAAGAUAAAGUUUUAAAAUCUGGGAUGAAAAGCAUAAAAAACCAAUAGAUAUUCUGUUUCUGGUAAAAGAAUGCUAAGCUAUUUGGGUCAAAAAAUAAUGUAAUUUUUAAAGACACGGAGUAGUAUCUUGUCUUUAGUACAUUUGGCUGCUAUAACAAAUUGUAGAUUGCAUAGUUUAGAAAUAACUAUAAUUCUGGAGGCUGGCAAGUGUAAUAAUGGGGCACCCUCAGGUUGCAUGUCUGGUUAGGAUCCAUUUCCUGGGUCAUAAAAGAGACCUCAGUGCACCACAUGUAGAUCAAGGGGUCUUGAGCCUCCUUUAUAGGAGCACCAAUACCAUAUAUGAGUACUCCACCUCUUAAUUUAAUCACUUCCCAAUGGCCCAACUUCAUACUGGUGAUUAAGUUUCCACAUAAAAAUAUGGGGGGUGGGUAGUGAACAUGUAAAUACCUCAAGAGAGCAUUGAAGCUGAAAAGACACUGAACAACCCCAGAACAGCUUAAAUAGGAUGCUGGGGGCAGGAGAGGUGACUCAGCAGAUAGGGCUUACUACUCUUGCAGAGGACCCAUGCCACGUUUGGUUCUCAGUGCCCAUUUGGGAGGCUUACAACCUUCUGAAACUCCAGCUUUAGGGAUUUUCAGUGCCUCUGGCCUUAAUGAGUACACACACUUAAAAAAAAUAAUGUAGAUCUUUUAAAAAUGGGAUCCUAUAAGAUAAAUUGCAACCUAUACCAUAGACUGUUGAUGCUCUCUGGGUGAGAGAAAUUCAGUGCCAGAAAUAGGGUUUCUAUUGCUGUGAAGAUACAUCAUGACUAAUUAAUUGGGGUGGCUCACUUACAGUUCAGAAGUUCAAUCCAUUAUUAUCAUGGUGGGAUAUGGCAGUGUACAGGCAGACAUGGUGUUGGAGCUGACAGUUCUUAACAUCUUGCAGGCAAAAGUAAGUGGUCUGAGACACUGAGCUGUAUCUUGAGCAUAUAUUCGACCUCAAAAGCCCACCACCAAGUGACACUCUUCCUUCAGCAAGACCAUUCUACUCCAACAAGGCCACAUCACCUUAUAGUACCACUCUUUGGGGGCCAUUUUCUUCCAAACUAUCACCAUAGUGAUGAGUGGGAGACCUUUAAAAAGUUACAUUGCAUUCUCAAAAAACGGCUAUACCCUACAGAGUGAUAGUAAAACAAAUCAGCCAACCUCUGUGUAGACACAAUGGCCUUGUUAAUAACAGACUGGUAGAAGAGAAAGUGAAAACAUUUCUGGUUUUACUCGGGUCUAGGUAACAGCAGUCUGAGACAUGGCAGGCACAGAAAUUUAAUCUCCUUUCUUUUCUUUUUUUCCUUUUGUGGCACAGUCACUCUAUCCCAGCUUAGCUUCGAAAUCACAAUCCUGUUUCUGCCUUCCAAAGUUCUGAGGUUACAGGUGUGUGCCUCCACAGCUUUCAUAAAUAAUUUUUAAUGGCAGUAAUCUGGAAGCAAAGAUAAUUAUAUAUUGGGAAACAAUGUAAGUGAAGUCUAACAGAAACAUACUUAAUAGGCUUGCCAUUACUGAACUAACUGUAUUUAUAAAAAUACUUAGGUGAUUAUAAUACUUAAAGAAGCACUUGGCAACAGAACAAGACACAUGAAAAAGCAGUUACUGAACUGAGAGAUGUGUUAAGUUGCUUAGAAUGUAGCUACAAAAUGGGAAAAUGUAGAUGUAUUGGUAAGUUCCAUUGAGAUUUGUUUUUCAGUGAAGAGAGGCAGUUUUAGCAUUUAAUCAUAGUUGAGAAGGAGAAAGAGUAGGGGGAACUGAGCUGGGAAUUUUCCAGAAUUAAAGUCUACAGAUACAAAGUCCCCAAGAUUGUGAAGUGGGGUAAAUUUAUAAAAAUUGCAUCUCACCACACUCAGGGCAGAAGCAAGUGGAUCUCUGAGUCAAUCCUCAGAAGAGAAGAAAAAGAAAUAGGCCUCAGAAUGACAUGCAGACAUAAUUGAAUUAGCAUGGGGCUUGCCUGGAAAUGCAGUAGGGGUUUAAGAAUUCUGGAAAGGAGAAGCACCUUACUUUUAGGAUGAAUCUAUCUUCCUGAAGGUGGUUGGUCCCCUAGCCAGGUCCCUGCCACUGUCCCAUUGGAUUGACCACUAAGACAAGAGCAUGUCUCUACCUAAAAUAUAUUCCAUCUUUACAUGCCCAUUGAGAAUAUUCCCAUUUAGUUUGAACAUUUCUCAAGCCAUGAGUAGUGUUGGUUGAUGGCUGAAAGUAGGGUUUCUCUACCAGGAAACCUGGAUUUAAAUGAGGGCUCUUGGCUGGGCAGUGGUGGUGCACUUCUUAAUCCCAGCACUUGGGAGGCAGAGGCAGGCAGAUCUCUGGAGUGUUCGAGGCCAGCCUAGUCUACAAAAACGAGGUCCAGGACAACCAGGAGGGCUACACAGAAAAAAUCCUGUCUUGAAAAACCAAAAAAAUAAAAGAAACUCACUUCUUCUCAGAUAGGCCCAGGCCAGUAACUAAACCACUUGCCUUGAUGUAUCUUCACCUGCCUUUUGUCAGGGUAAUAGUGAGCUCAAAGGGAAUGAGGUAAAAGCAGUCAGUAAAAUUGCAGACCAAGGAAGAGUGCCUGAAGUGAGAAUAGUGUAAAUGAGGAUGUAAAAGAAUGGCUAGCCAAAUAGUAGCUCUCUUCCAAGCAUUGUGGAACAUCAAGACCCUGAGGUAAUAGAAGGCAAUUCUUAGCUGGAACUCAAGAAAAAUUCCCCAAGGUUCAUGCCAUAUAAGAUAAAAUGAGAAGAGAGGUGAGAAAACCAAGCUUUUGGAUCCCCCCCCCCAGUGGUAAUCUUGCUUUAAAGUAAGAAAUAUGUUGUUCUGAGCAAGUGUGCUUUAUCUUUGCCAGAGGGGUUCAGCAAGAAGAGCCUCCAACUUGAGUCUAGCAAUAGACACUAUUAGAUGAACUGAAGGAUGUGGGAAUUUCCAUCUCUGGCUUAAGCAGUUUUAGACAACCUAGAUAUACAUGUUAUACACAUUUUGCUUCCAUGAAUCUCCUCUCCUCUUCUAGCUUUUGUUGUAGUGAUGAUUUUUUUACUUGGUUAUUCUCAGAUAUGAUAGAGUGCCAAGCUCCCACUAUCUUCACUGUGGCUAUUUUUAGUAAGUGCCCAUUAAGGUCUAAGAAGAUAAGAGGAGAUCCUGGGGUUGUUAGGGACUCACUGAAGAGAGCAAAGUUCCUCUGGUCUCAGAUACAAAUUUAGGGCCCAUAUUCCAGUCAAUUCAAUGAUUAUGAAUUUUUUUCUUGUCCUGCCUGCAAUUUUUUCAUCUGUAAAGCACAAUUCUUUAAGGGUUAAUGAGAUGGGGGCAGCAAAAUUGCUCAGUGAGUAAAGGCACUUGUUGCCAUGCCUGACAACUUGAGUUUGAUCCCUGGGAUCUACAAGGCCAAAAAGAGAGACUCCUGUAAAUUGUCUUUUGGCUUCCCCACGUGUGCCACACACAUAUUCAUAUGUGAUGUUCUGGGAAUUGAAUUCAGGUCAUCAGACUUUGUAGCUAGCAGUUUUACACACUGAGCCAUUUAGGUUCCUUGUUUUAUUUAUUUUUGUUGUUUUUGAGACAGCCCUCACUGUGUAUGCUUAGCUAGUUUGCAACUUGCCGAUAGAUGAGGCUGGCCUGUAACUUGCAGUCCUGCCUCUGCUUCCUAAGUGCUGGGGGUUUUAGGUAUGUAGCACCACUCCCAAUGAAGCCUACAUUUUCUGUUAAAAAUACCAUGCAGACAGCUGCUUCCAGAGCUUCUGUAAUGCAGCACUGUCUGCUCCCUCCCUGAAGCUCUAAAUCAAAGAUUAUAACUUUGUCUUUCCCAUCUUUCUGUCUCUUUUGCUCACUGGUCAAAAGCCUAAGCAGGCUGCCCUGACACUGGUCUGUCUUAUUCUUUCUCUGAAUCUCUCCCACUUCUGCCAUGCAGCUGUCUGUCUCGUGACCUCCAUGCUAAACUUGCCUGUUUUCUUGGACACUAACUCAAAAGGCACAGCGAGUUCUCUUCCUCUCAUAUCUCCCACCCCCUGUCAGCUGCCAAGACUUCUAGCUAACUCUGAUAAUAGUGUCUUGGAGCUUCAAAACAUACAAUAUAGACAUUAUUGCUAAAUUGCAUAAUCUGUCUUAUUUUCAAAAGUUCAAAGCAAGGAAGAGAAUAAAAAUUAAUGAAAAACAACACAAUAGAGAUCAACAAGGUCAAGGCUGGCACUUCAAAUGUAAAAAAAAAAUCGAUAAACUUUUGGUGUGAUUUAAUGAGAAAAACCAGAAAAUAUGAAUAAUCUAAAUUAGAAAUGAAAAGGAUGGAAUCGGUAGACAUUCUGUAAGAAGUUAGGAGUUUAUUUUUAGACUCCCUAACAUUGACAUGUCCUAGUUAUAGUUUUGUUAUUUCAUUGUGUUCAGAAAACAUACUCUGUAUUUGCUGUCCUUAAAAAUGUGCUGAGACUUGCUUUAGGCCCAGCAUGUUUUGCCUUGUUCACAGCCCUGGAAAAGAACACAUGGAUGUGCUCAGCUCCAUGAAGUCAUUAGGUUAAGUCUUUAAUGUACCACACUUAUUCACUGUCACUAAUGAGUGGUAAUUUGUUGAGUUUCCCCUUUACUGUGGAUUUGGUUUUACUAAGGCCACAUGGAUAUAGAACUAGCUCGUUAAAACUUUAUGGAUGAAAACUUGAUUCUGGUGAUGCCUUUUGCUUAUUUAGUCUCUUUUUAUCUGGCACUAAUAGACCAACUUUUGAUUAUUGCUACAUGGCUUAUCUCCAUUUUUUUUACUUUGAAUGUUUCUGUGCAUUUUUGCAUGUUAGAUUUGCCAUCUGGAAAUAACAUGGGGUAUCGUUUAAUCCAGUCUAAUAAUUCAUUUUAAUAGGAACAUUAGCCUUUUAAUGCAUGACUGCUGAUUGCUUUAGAUUUAAAAUUUAUUGACUUUUAAUUUCAUCUGAUUUCAGUUAUUUCCUGUGACGUCUUCAGAUUAUAUCAGAAUUACUCUAUUAGAAUUCUAUUAGAAUUAUUUUAUUUUCGCCUUCUACUUUGAAAAUUAUAUUCUUUUAAACUGAAUUAAAACCUACUUUUUGAGCAAUGAAUUGGCUGUAUAGAUCAGAUUAGCCUCUAACUUGCUGUCUUCCUGCCUUAGCCUUCCAGCUGCUGGAAGCACAAGUAUAUGCCACCAUAUCCAACUAGAUAUUUUUUGUUAGGAAUACAUUUCUUGGCUGGAUCCCAUGUUCAUUUUCCACAACAAACACCUGUCUGAAUUUUACUCUGUCCAUGUAUUUAUUUAAUAUAUAUUUUAAAAACUUCUUUUAAGGUUUGCUUCUGUGUCUUUGGUUACUUGUGUUUUACUACAAAGUAUCUUAGUAGACAAUUGUUUUAGUAAUCCUAUAUUGGUUCUUUGUGUUCCUGAAGUUGUGGCUUUAUGUCUCAGUAAACUAGUGCUGAGAUAUUAGAUAUACACCCUUCUCUUCCUUCCAGGAUUUAAAUAAAGGUAUAUUUGACCUUCUCACCAUA